GACCAGGCGGAGAGUAUGGUGAAGGAAAAUGCUCCGGGGACAGCCAAUGUGUCGAUCGACGGAAGCUCCCUGUCCCAUCAACAGCAGCAUCUAUUAGAGGAGGAGGACUCAGUUAGGAGUCCAAAAGACGAGCUCGUAACAGAUGAGCCACCCGUAGGGAAUGUGAGUGAAGGGUGCGAAACGCAGAAAGAUGGACAAAGCAAAUUCAUCGCAGAUCUUGCAGAGGCUGGAAGGGAAGGUGAGACGCUUGAGACCAAACCUCAAGAAAAAGGAGAAGAGCAGACUCAGGACGUUAAGGAAGACCAAGGCAGUACUUCAAGCAUUGCGAAAGAUCAAGCGGAUGAGGCAAAAGAUGUCAACAUGGUUGACGUAGAUGACGUUCCAGUUGUUACUUUGGAAGUAAGUCCAACGGACGGUAAAGACGAUGUUGCCGGGGAGACGGAUGACUUUCCAGCUCCAGAGUCUUCAAACACUGAUGAUCAAAAGGCGGCAUCUGAUCAAAGUGAUGAACCAGGUAGUUCAUUAUCUAACUUGAAAAUUUUCACUCAAAUCCACUUUAAUAAGUGUUUUAAGCAGCAACAAACAGCUAGAGACUAUAUUGCUCCAAUUCGUACCUUUCCUUCAAGUACGCCCGGUUAG